GACCUCCGUCAGAUCACAACACCGACCCUCAGUUGCAACUGCUGAAUCGAAGUCGACCGGAUCGCAAUGUACACAUAAUACCACUAAAAUAAUAAUACAGCAAAUAGUAUCACAAAAGUAAUAGGUAUAAUCAUUGUUAUUGCAGUGCGAAGUCCGAAUAAGAAUAAUUUCGUAAAAUUAUAUUCAGAAAGAAAACCCACUUACACGAGACAUCGUCAUGGCUGCUGAGCGGCUGUUUUACGUGGCGAUGGUGGCCGCGUGCUGUGCAAUGACUUCGGGCAGGCCGUCCGCAACGCCGUUUCCCUACGCUCCGCCACCGUCCCCGUCGGAAUUCGUGGUCACCGCGUCGGAAGCGCCUCUGCGCGGACACGACUUUGCACUCGACGACCACUUUGGUCAUCACGUGAAUCAACUGCAGCAGCAGUCAUCCGAACAGGACAACGACCAUCACUUCGGUAAUCACGAGGACGACCGGAAGCAGCAGACCACGGACGAUGUUCCGCCAGCGGUUGGUUCAUCGUAUCACUUCGCGUACGCGGUUGAAGACCCGCUGACCGGGGACGUGAAGAGCCAGAACGAAGUAAGCGAUGGCCGCGGCACGGUCCGGGGCACGUACAGCCUGAUCGAACCGGACGGUUCCACUCGGGUGGUCGAGUACUCGGCCGACGACGAGCACGGGUUCAACGCCGAAGUGAAGAGGAUCGCGCCGCAGCACAGGUACGCGGCGAUGACGUCCGUCGACUCUUCCGAAAGCCGACCGUCGCCCGACUCGGGAUUCGGCCGACACGUCGACGGCGGUGCAGGCGGUGACUCGUCGGUGGAGAUAAUACGAUCCACCAAUCAGCAAAACAUGCACUUCUACAUACCCCAAGAAUACGUCAUCACAUCGGUGCGACGAUAAAUUUUUCUCAUUUUCUGUUUUUUCUAUUUCUGGUCGCGAUCGAUUCCUCAGAAAGUGCCGUGACUGUAUUGUAUAUACAUAUAGUAGGGAAUACAAUAUUAUGUUAAUACACGACAAUUAUAUGAUAUUAUUAAUAUACUUAUUAUAGCAUAGGAUUUAUUGUAUUUUCUAUAAAUGUAUAGGCGUCACAAAUCGGGGGCACCUACUCUGCAUUAAAUUACAGGGUAGAAAACUCAGCGAUGAGACUUAAACACCUAUUUAUUUUAUUUUAAACUAUAACUGCAACAAUUAUAUAAGUAGGUGUAUACUCAUAUGACCAUCAAAGGCUUUGGAGUUCCUUCUCCACAUGACUUAAUAUGACAAUUUGUAGAUUAUUUAACAUAAUAAAUGAUUGUAGC